AUGCCACGAGAAACCCGACAUCUGGCCUACAUUGCCGAAUUCACGUCCCGUCACGUCACUGGCACCAACAACCCAGUCGCUGACGCCCUCGGCAGAUCCGUCUCAACCGUUGACGCUGUCCUUGGACACCUUGUCCAAGGCCCAAUCCAUAGAUUCCGAAAUCGCCACGUUCCGCGCCAACUCAUCGUCUGGCCCGGUCAUCCAAGACCUUGCGUUGCCAGGCGCGUCCAAGCUCGUGGCCUGCAACACUUCCCAAGAACGUCCCCGCCCUUUCCUUCCUCGGGCCUUCCGUCGCGCUGUGUUCGACACAUUCUAUGCUUUGUGCCAUACCGGCGUGCGGGCGACGCGAGCGGCCAUUUGCGAGCGUUACGUGUGGCCGCGUAUGAACAGCGACAUCAGCCGUCGGGUCAGGGCCUGUUUCCACUGUCAACGAAACAAAGUUCAGCGCCACACUCGCCUGACGCCUUCUGCUUUUCCCCCGCCCGAUCAACGUUUCGACCAUAUACAUGUGGAUCUCGUGGGCCCGCUUUCACCAGCCCAGGGUUUCAGAUACUCACGAUCAUCGACAGAUAUAUCCGCUGGCCGGAAGCAGUUCCUCUCUCCGGUUCCACGGGCCCAACUGUCGCAGCGGCCCUUCUCCGUGAGUGGGUCUCCAGAUUCGGAGUCCCGUCGAUUAUCACCACUGACCGGGGCCCGCAGUUUGAGUCGGUGCUUUCCUCCAGCCUUACCAACGCUUUUGGGACUCGCCGCAUCCGAACAACCGCUUACCAUCCUGCAUCCAACGGCCUUGUGGAAAGACUCCAUCGGCAGCCCAAGGCGGCAUUGCGGGCAUCCCCCGAAACUCCUUGGCCUGAAGCCCUACCCAUUGUCCUGCUGGUAAUCCGCUCUGCGUUCAAGCCAGAUUUCGAGUGUUCCUCGGCAGAGCUCGUGUAUGGUAUGGCGCUCCGGUUGCUCGGUGACCUCGUGUCACCCCCAUCUACUCCCACCGCACUCCCACCACCCGAUUUCGUCACCCGGCUGCUUUGCGCCCUGCACCUUCCCGUUCCUACUCUGGGCGUCCCUACCAACAUCCCGACCUGUGCAGCUCUACACACGUUUUCAUUCGCUCUCCUACACCCUCCUACACCCUUCUACACCGUCCCGCAUCGUGUUUUGAGCCGAGCGCCCAGGUAUUACACCGUUCUCGUCAACGGGAAAGGAGCAAACGUCAACAUCGAGCGCCUAAAGCCUGCUUUUCUGGACACCCAUCCAUCUCCCGAAGUCGCCCUCUCAACUUCCUCGCCCGGUCCAGGCUUACCGCUCCACCAACCUUACGCCGCUCCGUGA